AGGGCGGAGGCGGCGGCAGCGGCCGCGGCCAGGGCGGCCCGUGGGAGGGAGCGCGGGCCCCCCCCCCCCCCGGCAGCGCCGCCGGCUCCCGGCCCUGCCGGCCUCCUCGGUCGGAGCCGCGGCCAUGGCGGCCAGCGCGAAGCGGAAGCAGGAGGAGAAGCACCUGAAGAUGCUGCGGGACAUGACGGGGCUGCCGCACAACCGCAAGUGCUUCGACUGCGACCAGCGCGGCCCCACCUACGUGAACAUGACGGUCGGCUCUUUCGUGUGCACCUCCUGCUCCGGCAGCCUGAGAGGACUAAAUCCACCUCAUAGGGUGAAAUCUAUCUCCAUGACAACAUUUACCCAACAAGAAAUUGAAUUCCUGCAAAAACAUGGAAAUGAAGUCUGUAAACAGAUUUGGCUAGGAUUAUUUGAUGAUAGAUCUUCAGCAAUUCCAGACUUCAGGGAUCCACAAAAAGUGAAGGAGUUCCUACAGGAAAAAUAUGAAAAGAAAAGAUGGUAUGUUCCACCGGAACAAGCCAAAGUGGUGGCGUCGGUUCACGCAUCUAUUUCCGGGUCUUCUGCCAGCAGUACAAGCAGCACCCCUGAGGUCAAGCCCCUGAAAUCUCUACUGGGAGAUGCUGCACCAGCACUGCACUUAAAUAAGGGCACACCUAGUCAGUCCCCAGUUGUAGGUCGCUCUCAAGGGCAGCAGCAGGAGAAGAAGCAGUUUGACCUUUUGAGUGAUCUUGGCUCAGACAUCUUUGCUGCUCCGGCUCCUCAGUCAACCGCUACAGCCAAUUUUGCUAACUUUGCACAUUUUAACAGUCAUGCAGCUCAGAAUUCUGCAAAUGCAGAUUUUGCAAACUUUGAUGCAUUUGGACAGUCUAGUGGUUCGAGUAAUUUUGGAGGUUUCCCCACAGCAAGUCACUCUCCUUUUCAGCCCCAAACUACAGCAUUCACAGUACUUUCAUCUAGCUGCAGUUUUGGUGAAUUUACUUCAGCUUUUCCUCUCCAGGCUACCCACAGUGGAAGUGCUGGAUCAGUAAAUGCUAAUUUUGCUCAUUUUGAUAACUUCCCCAAAUCCUCCAGUGCUGAUUUUGGAACCUUCAGUACAUCCCAGAGUCAUCAGACAGCAUCAACUGUUAGUAAAGUUUCAACAAACAAAGCUGGUUUACAGACAGCAGACAAAUAUGCGGCACUUGCUAAUUUAGACAAUAUCUUCAGUGCUGGGCAAGGAGGUGAUCAAGGGAGUGGUUUUGGGACCACGGGUAAAGCUCCUGUUGGUUCUGUGGUUUCAGUUCCCAGUCACUCAAGUGCAUCUUCAGACAAGUAUGCAGCGCUGGCCGAGUUAGACAGCGUGUUCAGUUCUGCAGCCACCUCCAGUAAUGCAUACACGUCCACGAGUAACGCCAGCAGCAAUGUAUUUGGAACAGUGCCUGUGGGUGCCUCUGCUCAGACACAACCUGCUUCAAGUGGUCCCGCUCCAUUUGGGGCUACGCCGUCUACGAAUCCAUUUGUUGCUGCUACUGGUCCUUCUGCUGCAUCGUCUACAAACCCAUUUCAGACCAAUGCCAGAGGAGCAACAGCGGCAACCUUUGGCACUGCGUCCAUGAGUAUGCCGGCAGGGUUUGGAACUCCUGCCCCCUACAGUCUCCCCACCAGCUUUAGUGGCAGUUUCCAGCAGCCCGCCUUCCCGACCCAAGCAGCUUUUCCUCCACAGACAGCUUUCUCUCAACAGCCCAAUGGUUUUGCAACAUUUGGACAAACAAAACCAGUGGUAACCCCUUUUGGUCAAGUUGCAGCUGCUGGAGUGUCGAGUAAUCCAUUUAUGCCUGGUGCACCAACAGGACAAUUUCCAACAGGAAGCUCAUCAACCAAUCCUUUCUUAUAGCCUUACACAGACACUGUACUGGAACGAACUUUUAUGUGAUCAUAAUACAUCUCUCCGCCUCUUGCACUGUUGUCUUGUUUCACUGAUCUUAGCUUUAAACAUGAGAGAAGUCUUUAAAAAAGCCUGUAUUGUAUAUUGAACACCAAGUAAUAUGUGCGAAACAGAGGGCUCAGCAACAACUUUUCACUUGUGAAUUGGCAGAAAAAGGUAGCGGCAUCAUGUACAUUAAAAAUUGGCUAAUGUUAAGUUAUUGCAGAUCCCACAUUCAUUAUGCUGCAGUACUGUACAUAUUUUUCUUAGAAAUUAGCUAUUUGUGCAUAUCAGUAUUUGUAACUUUAACACAUUGUUAUGUGAGAAAUGUUACUGGGGAAUAGAUCAGCCACUUUUAAGGUGCUGUCAUAUGUCUUGGAAUGAAUGACUAAAAUCAUUUGAAGCAUCACUCUGGAAAGUUCAAAGUCAAAAUCAGAAGGUUUUAUUCAUUCUUGAAUUUUUCCUUCUAAAGAGCUCUUCUAUUUAUACAUGGCUAAAUUCUUUAAAGAUGUGAAGGACACCUGUCUGCGGAAUAAAGCUGAUCAUGUUUUGCUACAGUUUGCAGGUGAACAAAAUAAAUAUUAGAAAAUAUGCUAUUGUUUUUGUGUUCUUGCUGCAAUGCCUUUACCAAAGUGGCCUUAAAUAAUGAGUAGUGAGUUGAGAACAUCGUGAAUUCUUAAAGACUUCUAGAGACUAACUUUUUUUUAAAAGGCCAUGUAGAAAAUGUUUUAAACUACUAGGACCACUAUAUUCAGGGUGUGACGGUGGAAAAGCAUUUACAUGUAGCUUGUCAGACUCACCAUGCUAUUCUAAUUUCUCUGCAGCUUCUUAAUCUUGUGAAAUUUGUAAAUAUGGAGAAUUUGCAUGUAUGUGUAUUUACAAAUAUUUUUUAAAGAUCUUGAAUUCUCAGACUGCAAAAGACCUAUUUUAACUAUUUUUUUUUCUGUUCUCCAUUUUCAUUGUCUUUGAAUGUAUUGGAAGCAGACAUGCCUUGACUAUGACAUGAUGCACCUGAGUUCAUGCCGCUUCUCUCCCCCCACUUUCUGGACAGACUGAUAACUAUCUAUAGAACAUUUGUUUGUGUUUGUUUUGGGGUAAAGAAACAGGAACCCAAAUGUUACCUUAAAGUGAUGAAAUACUUUGUAUAAAAAGGUAUCAAUACUAAGUUUAGUUUUUCUUUUUGUUAAUAUUCAAAUGAACUUGUUUAAAUAUUUAUAUGUAGUAAUGCCUUGUUCAUCCCAAGGUUCAUCUGACACUCUCUUCAAAAUGAAACACAACUAAGAGAACUGAAAUGACUUAAGGAAAAAAAAAGCUUCGAACAGUGCCCCCAAGUCUUGAUUCUCUAUGUAGAUCAUACAUGUUUCUUUGAAUGUGAGAGUUUCAUAAUUUGAUAAUUUGAUUUACUGAUCCAUAGCAUAUUUAUGUUGAUGAAAGGAAGGAGUCCAAAAUGAAUAUGGAAAGCCUGCACUGGCAAAGGCCACAGGGACAGCCAGCCUGGUCUAGAGGACAGCCAUGUUAGUACGUUUGGUAAUGACUCUGUGCCAUCCAAAAAGCUAAAAUUGCAUACAUAGUAUGUAAUGCCUGUAUGAAAGCGAUUUAAACAAUUUUAAAGUUUGGGUUUAGGUGAUGUAAGCAUCAGUUUGCUCCAACAUUUUAUUCAUAUUGGAUGCAUUUUGCAGUGAUUGCUAUUACCGUCAUGCUUUAAAGUCUGGGUGUUUACUUGGGCUGCAGUCUGCUGUCCUCCUUAGUGGAAGGUGUGCUUUAUAUGUACUUGACAAGUGACAUGCCUGAGACUCAGCCCUUUCUGAGCAGCUUGCCACUGGGAAUCCAGUUAUUGCUGCUCAGGCCUGGCUACACCUUGGGCAUAGUCUUCAAUUCUUUGUACAUUUUGGAGGCUUCAUCUAUUUUCAUAGAAGAGAACUUAAUGUCUUUAAACUUCUGUUUGAGAUUGUAUUAGAUUCAAAUCAAUUCAUAUGUACAAAAGUUAGACUAUAUAAUUGUAGGCCAUUACCCAAAUAACCUACCAGGCUUUCCAGCUAUUAAGUAAAUUAAACAAUUGUUAUCAAAAUAGUUUUAAAGACUAUUUUUUCUAGUAGAUCUUGAGAUGUGUAAUUAAAUGGGGGGAACCUGUGUUAACUUUGUAUGAGUGCUCAUAAUCAAAAUACAAGUACUUAGAUUCAGAAAAGCUCCAUUGUUAAAGUGAGUUUUCUCAUGAUUUUCCUCUUAAAAAUCCACUUCUUUUAGGCUUAAAUUUGUUUUGCUCCUAGUUUGAAUCAUUGUAUUGAGCAUUUGAAACACAGUGCUCAGGGUGACAAGGCAGGGGAUCUUCACACUCCUAGCAUAUUGCUUGAAACAUGUUCCCUGUUGUGUCUCUGAUCAGAAAUUAAUUUGUCUUUAAGGGUGGCAGAAACUGUGAAGUUUAAAAGCAUCUUAUUCUCGCUUUUAAAAGACACAAGGCAUGUUUUAUUUUUGAUCCUUUUGGAGAUCGAGGAUAGGUUGUCAUUCUCUCCCAUAAGAUCAUUUGUUCUGUAAAUAGAACACCUCUAUCUGGGAGGUGCUUUGGUUAUAGUAGUUCCUGUCAGUGGCAAAGUCAAGAGAGUAUCUGGUUGCUGUCACUGUGCCAGUAUUUCUGAAACAUGUUUUAUCGUCAUAGUUUUUAUAACUGUUGAGAUCCCCCAAAGAGCUUUUGUUUAUGAAACUUGAGUUUUUCUAAGUUAUAUUGCAAAUCAGUACAGGAGGAUUUCCAAAGCAUAACUUUUAAAUAUGGCUGUAGUAGUCCUAUUGCUUGUUAACCUAGAGAUUUGAUAUAAACAACUUUUCCAAAAUGGAAAGAAAUAUUGUUCCUGUUUUGCUGGCCUUUUCAAUGUCAGGCUUAGUAGAAACUGUUUACAUUCUGACUCUUCAUCACACAGCAGAAAAGCACUGGAAACUGCACUGUGCACUUGUGAAAGCCAGAUGGUGAGAGAGGUGCACACAGUCUUUAGAAUUAGUAAAAAAGCAGUUUGACCUGGUGCAGCACUUUACAGGUCCCCAGAUCGCAUUUUGAGAACACAGCACUUUAAAUUUGUGUGUUUCUGGUACAUUUACCUGUGGGGAAACCUUGUUCCUUCUGAACCUUUAUUGGGAAGAAGUGAAAUUCCAGUUGAAAUCAUAAACUUCUUAACAUUAAUAACUAUUAUUAAAGUACUAAUGGUGAUAUA